AUGAGAUUCACAUGUGUACCCUUUGGUAACACAGAGAGCCCAUUUCUGUUAAAUGCCACUAUCAAACAUCAUUUGGAUAAGUAUCCCCCCACUAGUGUAGUGCAAGAUUUGAAGGCUAACAUGUAUACAGACAAUUGGAUGAGUGGUGCGGAUUUUGCUGUAGAAGCAGCUGAUAAAUUUUGUGAAGCCCAUAGCAUUUUUGCUGAUGCUGGUAUGGACCUUACAAAGCUUGUGUCAAAUAGUUUGCUGAUUACUUCUCAGUUAUGUGACAAGGUACCCUUUAUAAAUUCUGAUGAACCUAAUACCGUAUUAGGCCUUAAGUGGUGUAACUCACAGGACAGUUUCUCCUUUGAUGGCAUAAACUCAGAUUCUAUUGUAGAAGUAGUCUCUACUAAGCGAAGUAUCCUUAGUGUGAUAGCUAAGAUUUUUUACCCUUUAGGAUUAACUAGUCCAUAUGUUAUGUAUGGCAAGAUACUUUUUCAGGAACUCUGGAAACUGGGUCUGACUUGGGAUCAAGAAAUGCCAUCAGAGUUGAAGCUUAAGUUUCAGAGAUGGCUCCUUAGUAGUCAACAUUUUAAGAAUUUUCAGAUAGAUAGAUGUUAUUUUCCACAAAAAGCCUGGGAGAAGCUUAGUCAUAUGGAGCUACAUGGGUUUGGUGAUGCCUCUGAAAAGGGCUAUGGGGCUUGUGUGUACCUGCGAGUACCUGUGGAGAACGGCUCAUAUAAGGUGUCAUUAGUAUCCUCUAAGUCAUGA